UUUUGAGAGAUAUUGAAACUUUUGCUGCUUCUACCUAUGUCCUCAGCAUCAAAAUCAUAGCGGUAUAUAAAAGGAUUUAUAUUCGGGCAGGAAUGGCACUGGCGAGAAAGCUUAUAUACAUUUUGGACGAAGAUAAAUUCCAACCGAAAGAUUCCAAACAAGAAAUUAUUGAGGAAAAGCUGUAUUCCGAAUGGAAAAUUAAGGCAAAUACCCUACUCUUUGGAGUCUUCAAUACAGUUAUCUUUUUGGUCAUAUCUCCAAUUAUCGACGGAAUUUCCAAGAUGAAACUUCCAUUUGCCGCCUGGUAUCCGUUUGUGCCUGAACGGCCAAGUAUUGCAGUGUAUACAGCCCUUUAUAUAUUUCAGGCAUUAGGAACAAUGUACGCAGGAUGUUGCAAUGUUGGAACAGACGUUUUCAUUUCGCAAAUUUUGAAUAAUAUCACCAUGCAAUGUAAUCUGGUUUCUCACACUGUAGAGAAUCUCUACGAGUAUUCAAAGAAAGACUUAAAUUUACAAGGACCUAGUCGAAAAGAAGCCUUGAAGAAUAUGAAUAAUACCCUUAUUUCCUGUAUGAUCCAGCACAAAGCAAUUUUACAGUAUUCCAAGGAGGUAGAGGCAUUUUUCAAUCUAGGCUUGUUAGGGCAGUUUAUAGCAUGUUGCUUGAUUAUUUGUAUGAAUAUGUUGCGGCUUUCAUUGGUGAGUAUAAGAAUCUUAGAUGAGCAAGGGGGUGAAUUUGUUGCUCUUCUCAUUUAUCAUGUGAUUAUAUGCACAACUUUACUCACCUAUUGCUGGCAUGGAAAUGAAGUUAGCGUUAGUAGCGAGAAAAUUCCUGUUUCAGCCUAUAAUUGUCCAUGGUUCGAAUGUGACGUGAAGUUCCAGAAGAAUUUCCUAUUUUUCAUACUUCGAACCCAAAAACCCAUCUCUAUCCUCACUCUGAACUUCUUUCCAGUUUCGUUGACUGUUUUUCUUUUUAUUAUGAGAAGCUCCUACUCUUUUUACGCGGUUCUGAGGUCAACCCAUGAAAGCAAUAAUUGAACUUACCACCCAAAGAGAUGAAUCCGUUUUCACAUCUGCAUAUGAAUAUUAUAUUAAAG